AGCGAGUUCCGUUUAAAAGUGUUUUGUGCGCCGUUUGGAACGACAGUUCGCUUUCGAGUUCGCUAAAAACACAAAGCAGAGGCAUUAGCUCCACUGAAAAAUCAGAUUAGAGCUGUCAAGGCAGAAGACUUCUACGACGAACAAAGAUGGUGAAAUUGAUCGCUAGCCUGCUCCUGUUGGCCGUGGUGGCCCAGGCCUAUGGAGAUUUCAAGUCCAAGCCAGAAAGCAAGAGUUUCGCCAGAGAGCUGCAGAAAGAGCGAGAAAAGCAAAGGCAACAGGAAAGCAAAAAACAAAACCCAAACCAUGACGGAGGUCAAGAUCAGGGGUGCAAAGGCUCUCUGGCUGUUCCCGAGAUCACCAAGGAUUGGGUGGACCUGAAGGAUGCCUGCUUGAAGGGCAUGCGCCACCAGAUCCAGGAGGAGAUCAACGCCUCCUACCAGUACUUGGCCAUGGGCGCCUACUUCUCCCGCGACACCGUCAACCGCCCCGGAUUCGCCGAGCACUUCUUCAAGGCCGCCAAGGAGGAGCGUGAGCACGGCUCCAAGCUGGUGGAGUACCUCUCGAUGCGCGGACAGUUGACCGAGGGAGUCAGCGAUCUGAUCAACGUGCCGACUGUUGCCAAGCAGGAGUGGACCGAUGGUGCUAGCGCUCUUUCCGAUGCCCUCGACCUGGAGAUCAAGGUCACCCGCUCCAUCCGCAAGCUGAUCCAGACCUGCGAGAGCAAGCCCUACAACCACUACCACCUGGUGGACUACCUGACCGGCGUCUACCUGGAGGAGCAGCUCCACGGACAGCGCGAGCUCGCCGGCAAGCUGACCACCCUCAAGAAGAUGAUGGACACCAACGGCGAACUGGGCGAGUUCCUGUUCGACAAGACCCUGUAAAGUGGGCGGAGAUAGCGAGUGGAGCAGCCCGGUCACGCAUCAAAAUUAUCAGCCAGUCGACUUCAUAACGUGUUCUGUUGUUAUCUGUUAGCCCAAAGAGCCUUCCCCGAGGGUCCGCUUCUAAAUCAUCCAACCAACCAAGUCAACCGAGACUGGCCAAUAAAUUAUCCGUUCGACUGCGAUCCUCAAAGCAGCACAGCAAAAUUCCACGUCUGUUCUUUCUUAUCGUACAUCAACAAAGCAGCGCAUGUCUUAGGUAUUUAAGUUCUUUGAGUUGUGAUUUUCCGUACACCUCGGGAGGGGCUCAGCAUUAUGCAAUCGCCGAGAUUUCGCCUAGGUUUAAGUGGAAGCGAUCACGCGCAUAGGAAGACACUCAAGCACAACCCAUUCAGCACAUCCUAUAUCUUUAUAUUUUUCUGUCAAUUAGACGAGCAAGUUCUUAAAUAAACAAUAUAUAUGUAACUAAAUAAAUCUGAUAUUUGCAGUUUA